CCAGCGUCCUGGUGCGGAUAAUGGAGAAGCUCACAGCCGACCUCACGGCCUCCUUUCCCAAGCUGUCGCCGCAGACCAUCUCUGCGGCGCUGUUUGCCUACUGUGACUCAUCCAAGGCGAAUCGGCAGACAGAUCUCGCCAAGGGGCUCACGCAGCUGCUGAGAGCACAUGACGGCGACAAAGUGAUGGUUGGCUGCAGCCUGCUGGCGGCGCUGGGAGGCGGGCUGGUGGAUGUCGAGGCUCUCAUGGGGAAGGCGCUGACGCCCGAGUGCAUCGAAGGGUGGCUGCAGACGCUCUCGGCAACACUCAAGAAGGUCUGUGUGUGACGAUUGUGUGAUUUCGAUGAAUGCCUGUGCGUGUCACUUAUGUGUCUGUCUGCAGGAGGGAGACUGGGUGUCCACAUUGGCCGCCAUCGAGGCGUCUGUGGGCGUGUUUCAUCUGUGCGAGCGACUGCCCGUCGACACGCGCCAUCGCCUCGUCCGUGAGGGGGCGGCAUCAAGCACCCGAAACCUCAUGGCCGUCCUUGACGCCAUUGACCGCCACGCAGCUGUGCCGACGAUCCUGGUGAGGCGAGGCGACCAACCGACGACAGACGAACGCUGGUAACAUGUUCGUGUGUGUGUCUAGGAGCGUGGCUGCCGUGGUUUGUCAUCAGUGCUCUUCCGGUCUUCCUUCCCUCUCUACCAGCUCAUGGGUAAGGCUGUCCACCUGAUCUCCACGUUGAGACCUGCCUCUCUUCUCGUCUCGUUGUUCUGGAGGCCGGCUGCGUGCCUUCUUCCUCAAGGUCUCACAGCACGACGACGACACCCUCGCAGAGGUGAAUGAGGACGAAAGCACCAUAGAGUGGCUGCGGUUACAAUGCCAAUUCUCAUGACGUGGUGUUCUGUGUGUGUCGUUCACCGAUUGGUUCGUUCAGUUGUCGCGCUGCUCACUAUGUCGGCUGAGCUGGAUCGCCAGCAGCAAGAGGGCGCCCAAGACCGACGGACCACAAGCAGCAGCAGCUGCGGCUGCAUCCUCUGACGAAGGCAAGAUGGGUCCGGCGUUCAGUGAGCACCUCCUUGCUCAAACCACCAAUGACCUUAAUGCAGGCAAGACACACACACACAGGCAGGCGGUGGACGCACCGUACCAUCAAAGCAAUAUAACCUGAUGAGUCUGUUCAUCGUGUGUGCAGUGCUGGGUCUCCUCAAGGAUGGCAGUGUGUCGGGCAACACGACAGCGGCCGCCCUGUGGCACCGCGCCACCCGCCUCUUCCAGCUGCUCACAGCCCUCAUUCUCCACUCGGCAGGCGGCAGGAUGCGCCAGGGGCUGGGCACUGUUGAGCUGAGCCCCGCCACACACAGCAUCGUUGUCAUACCCGUGCGCGAGCUGCUGCAAGUUGUUCGUGUGGCCGUGGGUGUCAGCAGGGGAGGCGGGAUGGGGGGCGGUGAGGGGGAUGGUGCAGCGUCGGUGGUCGACCAGAGGUGUGUUGUGCUGAUGGGGGCAGCAUUGGAGGUCCCGGUGGCCAUACUAAAUGUGUAAGGGAAGACAGGAGGGUGCAGACGAGAGACUCUCUUCUGCACCUGUUGUGGCUGUAUGUUGUUUUGAAUUCAGGCUCGGCAGCGGGGCUGUUUCGGUCUACAGCCAGCACUUCAUCACCAUACUGGACGAGCUGUGCAGGUAGGCACACCAUCAUACACACAAGCCAAGCCAAGCCAAGCCACAGUACCCGUUUCUUGCAUCUUGAUGUGCCGCCCUCCCUUGUCAGUUUCGAGAGCGACUCCAUGGCGGCCCUCCACGCCUUCGCCUUCUCAUCCCCCAUCCACAGCUACCUAUUAACCCUCGCAUCAGCCAUCCCCGCCGCCCUCAUAGCCUCCAACACAUGGAAGACACCCUUCGAGUGGGCAGUCGCCGCCAUCAGCCACAUGCUCACCCCGUCGACCUUCCCCUCCCUCUGCCGGAUGGCUGCACACUCGGCACACGUCUCAGAGGCCGAGUAUACCGCCGACACUAGCGAGCUCUCAUCCAUUGCGGGUGGGAGGGCGACGAAGCGACGCCGCGGGAGGUCCAGAGGCGGCGGUCUGUCGGACUAUGGGUCAUGGGGAGAGUCGGCGGGGGACCAGGAUGCCGUGGGGCUGAUCAGAGCGCACAAGACGCAAGAGAUGGCCGUUCCGGAGAUGCGGAUCGCUUUUGCAAAGGUCUUUGUAGAUCUCUGCGGCUCACUGACGGCUCUUCUGACCGGCGUGGGGAGCUUCCUAGGAGCCACCGAGAAGGCGCAAGCUGAAGAGCUCGCCAUCGGUGUGCUAUUCCACGGCCAGCAGCCCGAGACGCUCAAGAAGAGCCCCGCCACGGCCGUCCUCUGCGGCCGGCCGUCAGCCGUGCUGGCGGUGCUGCGGCUGAUGGAGGCAUCUCUCCUCGGCCCCUCUCCCCUCCCCAGUGCGACCCUCCACGCAUCCAUCGGCCUACUGAAUGUCACGGAGGCGACGGCAACUGACGGCGGGAGAGUGGCUGCUGCGGCUCGUGCGCUGAAACGGAAGCUGCUGGCAAGAGUUGGCGGUGGGUCCAUUGGCCGUGAGAGCGAUGAGGGCAUCUUCCUCCAGGCCUACGGCGAGUCCCUGAGGGAGGCGCUGCACGAGUAUGUCGACACUGGUGAGGCGCCUGCCGAUCAGGAAGGCAUGAAUGGCUAUGGAGAGGCGUCGGCCAUGGAGGAGCCCCCGGCUGCAGCUGCCGCGGCAGCCGCGGCAGCUGCCGCAGCCUCAGCGUUCGACCAGCCGAUGGGGGCGGCCGCUGCCUUGGCAGAUAGGACCCAGCAGAUGGAGCCACCACCGCCCGAGCCCUUCGCUGUCCUUGACGGACCGGUCCAGCAGGAAGGAGCUGACCUGGAGAUGACGGCGGCCGAGCAGGGAGAGUCUACUUCUGAUGGGAGAGGGGCAGGCGAGGCGCCAGCGGUACCGCAAGAAGCGAGCCCUCCUGCCGCAGCUGCUGCCGCCGCCAGUGCGAGUGCCGCCGCUCAAGGGAAGCAAGUCAAUGCGCUGUUUUCUGUCGGUAAGGAGAUGCGGAAGCGGGCGGCUGGUUGUCAGUGUCUGAGUGUCAGGGUGUUGUGUUGUGUGUAUUGAUUGAUUGCAAUGGUUCAGAUAUGAGCGACAUGGCGGCCGCCGAGGCCUUUGUGCGCGACAAUCUCAACAUGGAUAGCCCGUCGGGCGGGGAGGAAGAGGACUGACUGACUGACUGUCGGAUGGAUGGAUGGAUGGAUGGAUGGUGCAUUCAUGAAUUCAUGGUCAGUGAGGUCAUGGUGUUGACACACCUUCCUGUCCCAUCAAGCAGCUUGGCCG